AUGCCUCCCCACGAAGGAUUAGUCCACCCCAAACAAUAUGACAUCAAGGACAGCAAUGUGGAGCUUAUUGGAACUGACCUGGACCAUCGCGUCAAGUAUAACUCGGCCGCAUCCGAGCCCGCCUGGAACAAUGGCAAGGUGGGGCAGGAACCCGGACUGCUGAUCUGGCGCAUCGAGAAAUUCGAGGUCGUGCCGUGGCCCAAGGAGCGGACCGGCGAGUUCUACGACGGAGACAGCUACAUUGUGCUGCACUCGUACAAGUUGGGUGAUCGACUCGCCCAUGACAUCUUCUUCUGGCUGGGAAGCAAGACCACUCAGGACGAGGCCGGUACCGCCGCCUACAAGACUGUCGAGUUGGAUGAGUUCCUGCAUGGUGCGGCGACCCAGUACCGCGAGGUGCAGCAUCACCCCUCGGAGGAAUUUGUCUCGCUGUUUCGUCGCAUCACGAUCCGGUCCGGCGGCGUGGCGUCGGGAUUCACCCAUGUCGUAGAGGAGAAGCCAAAGGAAGUCCUGACACUGCUGCGCAUCUUCAAACACCCAGGCACCGCCCGCCCUGACUCCUUGAUCGUGUACGAGGUGGAGCCCACGUGGAAAAGCCUGGACGAUGGUGACGUCUUUGUCUUGGAUAAGGGUGAUAAGAUCUGGGUCUGGCAGGGAAAGAACUGCAGUCCUAUGGAAAAGGGCAAAGCCGCGCAGGUGGUGCAUGAUCUGACCCAGGCCAAGCAUGUGGAUGUGGAGGUACUUUCGCAACUCGAGCCGAGAUCCAAGGUUAUCGUGGAUCUCCUGGGAGGCAGACAGGUGGAUCAACUGUCUUUCCGUGCACCGCGGCCCUUCUCAUCCGUGUCCAGGGCCAGGGAUGAAGGCAGUGAUCCCCACUCUCGCAAGCUGUUCCGGCUGAGCGACGCAUCAGGACAGCUCUCUUUUGAUCUGGUCAAGGAUGGGAAACAAAUUAGCGCAUCAGAUUUGGACGGAAACGACGUCUUCCUGUACGAUGUCGGUGACCGACUCUGGAUCUGGCAGGGUUCGGGAGCCAGUGCCAGCGAGAAGGCCUUAUGGCUCAAAGUUGCACAGUCAUAUGUCCGGUGGCUUCAGGACACUCAAGGGAAGUCAGAAACGCAUCUCUCUCCGAUCUCCAAGGUGGUGCAAGGCCACGAAAAUCCGGCGUUUCUGAAAGCCAUCGCCGUCUAG